AUGGCUCUUCCUUCAGCAGCAACCACCUUGCGACAGUCCCUGCAGGACCCCAAAGCAUUCAUCACAGCUCCAGGAGUCUAUGAUGGCAUGUCGGCGCGAUUGGCGUUGGCUGCUGGAUUCGACGCCCUGUACAUGACCGGCGCUGGAACCGCAGCCUCCGUCCAUGGACAAGCCGAUCUCGCCAUCUGCACGCUGAACGACAUGCGGGCGAACGCCGAAAUGCUCGCCAACCUGUCACCACGCACACCGCUCAUCGCAGACGCCGACACCGGCUACGGCGGGCCGAUCAUGGUGGCCCGCACGACGGAGCAGUACGCGCGAUCAGGCGUGGCGGGGUUCCACAUCGAAGACCAGGUGCAGACCAAGCGAUGCGGUCAUUUGUCUGGCAAACAGCUCGUCGACACAGCGACGUACACCAGUCGGAUCCGGGCGGCUGUGCAGGCGCGGCAACGGAUCGGGAGCGAUAUUGUGAUCAUUGCGCGGACAGACGCGCUGCAGUCGCUGGGGUAUGAAGAGAGUGUUGCGCGACUGCGGGCGGCGCGAGAAGCGGGCGCAGACGUUGGAUUCCUCGAGGGAAUCUCAUCGCGGGAGAUGGCCCGGAAGGUGAUUGAUGAAUUUGCCGGGUGGCCUUUGCUGCUCAAUAUGGUUGAGCACGGGUCCACGCCGUCGAUUUCCUCCCAGGAAGCUCAGGAGCUUGGAUUCCGUAUUAUUAUCUUCCCCUUUGCGACGUUGGGACCUGCUCUCACUGCCAUGCGGGAGGGAUUGGAGAAGCUGAAGCGGGAUGGGUUGCCCGGGCUCGACAAGGAGUUGACGCCACAGAUGCUGUUCAGGGUCUGCGGGUUAGAUGAGAGUCUCAAACUCGAUGCCGCAGCCGGUGGCGUUGCCUUUGAGGGUGGCGUGGACCUUGGUGAGAAAUGA